CUUGAACCAGUCCCUCGUCAUCAAAUGGCUCCGAUCAAAGUUGGUGACAGCAUUCCCGACGGAACUCUUGCACACUUCGACGAGAAAGAUGAGAUGCAACAGGUCUCCGUUCACUCUCUCGCCGCCGGCAAGAAAGUCGUCAUCUUUGGUGUCCCCGGUGCCUUUACUCCCACUUGCAGUAUGAAGCAUGUCCCCAGCUUCAUUGAGAAAUCUGAAGAACUUAAAUCAAAGGGUGUGGAGGAGCUUUUGUUGAUUAGUGUGAACGACCCUUUUGUGAUGAAGGCAUGGAAAAAGUCAUACCCAGAGACCAAAAAUGUGAAGUUCUUAGCCGACGGGUCUGCAACUUACACCCGUGCACUUGGGCUUGAGCUUGACCUAGCUGAGAAAGGGCUCGGUGUUAGGUCAAGGCGGUUCGCUUUGUUGGUGGAUAACUUGAAGGUGGUGGUUGCUAAUGUUGAAGAAGGUGGUGAGUUCACUGUGUCUGGUGCAGAUGAGAUCUUGGCGGCUCUGUAAAUUACUCUAUAAGAUCAUUUAGUAGCGUUUUGGUUUAUGGAGAUUGAGGAGUAUUUUGUGGAAUACUUGUUAAAGAUAGUUAAAAUAAAUGGAGUAAAAUAACAUGUUUGUGGUUCUCAA